AUGUUGAAUUGGUUAUGGGGCGGUGAGACAAAAGAAGAGAAUCCUUUGGGUGGAGGAGCAACCGAAAAAAUCAUUUUCGAAGGCGUAACCAUCAUUGAAUGUUUAGAAGUUAUUUGUGAUUGUGAAAAGUACACUGAAUUUAUUGAAGGAUGUGUGGAAGCAAAAACAACCAAGACUUAUGAAGAUGGCUCUUUUGAUGUUUUCUGGAAGGCUUCCGUGGGUGGAAUUAUUAACACAGAAUAUACUCUACGAUUAAAAAAAGAAGGAAAUGAUGGUUUCGGAUGGGUUGAAACAUCUCAUGGCCCUUUCAAAUUAAACAGAGGUAACUGGAAAUUGGUUGACCUUGGAAAUGGUAAUGUUGAAGCUACUUAUUCAGUUAAUAUGGAGCUCAAUAUUUGGGUUCCUGGAUUGUUGCGAGAUUUCUUAAUCGGAACAGGCUUGCCUCGUACUAUGAAGGCUUUCAAGAAGAGAAUUGAAGAAAGAAAGAAGAAAUAA